ACAAAAGUGACAAUUACCAAACAUUCAAGAUUUUCAUCAACUUUCAUUAGCCACACUACACACCAUAGCUAAACGCGUAAAAAACAAAUAAAUUUCAUCACAUCGCUUGUGCAAUAACUGAAUUCAUUGGACAAAAAUCGUAAGCGAGUGACUCGAAUCGUUAGUUGUAUGUUAAAAAAGCAAUUAUCGCAAUGGAUCCAAACGAUCGCAAAAGCAAUUGGUUCAAAUCGUUAACUAGACGCAAAAAGUCGUCAAAUAAAGAGAAUAAUCAAAGUGUAAACAUUGACACAAGUGUUUCGGCAAUACCGUCAGAGUCAACGGAAUCUGCAUUAAAUCGUCAAUCAGCCACAAAUAGUAAUAGUCAAACAAGUAGCACAAAGUCAACCAACGUUCUGAGCUGGGUCACAAUGUUUCGCAAACGAGCACUGCAACGUCGUAGAGAUUUCGAUGCGGAUUUAAUUACAGCAUCUGACAACCGACUCAUGAAUUUAGAACGUCGUGCCGUGGCCAAUGAUUAUGUGCUCGGUUUACCAAAUCUGGAUAUACCACCCGAUCAGAUGUACAUAUACUCGCACAUACUAACACCACAGCAGCAACACAAUUUUGUUAUGUCCAGGGUGAAUGCAAUGACUAAUCAAAUCGAAUCGCCGUGGCUAAUACAGGAAUCAUCACCAAAUAUGGAACAUUUGAUAAUGCUCAACGCACAAGUUCUGAUGAAUAAUCAUGGAUGGUACCGUGGCGGUAUAUCCCGAACGAAUGCUCAAAAGAAGCUGCAAGGGCAGCCCGACGGUUCGUUCCUGUUGCGAAAUUCACAGACUAGUGGCACUCAUUUCACAUUAAGUUUUCGCAGUGCUGGCAUUACACUUCACUACCGCAUACAGUACGAGAAUGGUUUUUGGUCCAUUGAGAGCAGUAAAUACAUUUCCGUUGUGGAAAUGAUCGAAGACGCUAUGAGAAAAUCGAAAAAUCAGAUAUUUUGCUACGUAAAACCAGGAACACAGAACAUUUUACAGCCCCCGUUUCCCGUUCGACUCACCAAUCCGAUCAGCAAAUUUGACGAGGUUCCUAAAUUGCAGCACAUUUGUCGGUACUAUAUUCGGACGAGUCGUGUGCCGCUCAGUUUGGAUACACUGCCGAAGAAGCUGCAAGAGUACGUGAAACAGAAUAAAUAUUUGAACAUUCAUUACGGCUUCUUUGAAGAUAUUUCGUAAAACAGGAGGAGAAACAGUAAACAAAAGAGAGAGAGAGAGAAAAAAAAAGUUUUGAUUCGUUGAUGAGCGUUUGUAGUGUCCGCGUGUGUGUUUGUUGUGCGAUGGAUAGUUAUUGUGGCCUUACUAUAAAUCAUUCAGUUUUCGUUCUUGAAGAUAAUUUGCUGAAACAUUUUAGUGACGAUAAACAGUGACAAAUGAACAGAAAUCUGUGUGUGGCAAUAACAGAGAGAGAUAUAUCGAAGUGAUUAGUGGCAAUAUUUAAAGUUUUUAUCGGAUUAUUUCUGUGUAUGUUUACAAUUAGGAAUUGUUUCAGUCAUCAUCACACAGGUGUUGUUGCAUCGAGGUAUUACAUCAUCCAUAAUCAUCUCUCGUAAUCAUGAUUUCGAUUUAUUUAUUAUUGUUCAUCGUUAGGUUAAAUAAUUUGUCGGUUUGUGGAUAGUGCUUAGCACUAGGUUGGCCAUUUCUACGCCUUCAGGUCUUUUCAUUAUUUUUUAUUCCAUUCCACAGACUUUGCUGCCCAUUAUCAGUCUGUAUACGUAUAACACAGCAGGGGCUAUUAGCUGCAAUAUUCUGCUUUUAUAAGAUUGCAAAUUCUAUUUCCGUAGUUUGGGAAAAUUCCUUGCUUAUGUCUAGUCUAUAAAGAGGCUAGGUUCGCAAAAAAUCCGUUUCAAGUUCUAAGGUUUAAUGCUAAUGUAGCAGUGACUACACUAAGGAAUGUUUUAGUUUUACGAACUGAAUAACUAUGUAUGACAGAAAAUUAAUUACAAAAUUGAAUGAAGCUUGUGGUUUUAAUGAGACGCGAGUGUGACAUGAACUCACAACCUUUGUUCAGCAUGCUCUACCAUUGAGCUGCCAUCGACAUUCUUUUUUUUUUAAAUUCAUUCUUGAUCAGUUGAUGGAACACAUCUUAUCGUUCUAUUGCUCCUUGAAUAUGCGUGAACUAUUUGAUUGUCUUGACUUUUCCUACGAUUCAGUUACGAAAAUGUUUAGACUAACGUCACGAUAAUUGAACCAAACAAAACAAAAAAUAUUUUCUCAACAUGAAGCCCCUGCAGUUCAGUUAGAACAAUUUUCCGAUGGACGGAUUAGAUGUCGUUAUAUCAAAAAUUUGUAUCAGUAAUUAACAGACCGAACAUUUAACAGGACGAUCGUUAUGACUUAUGUAGAAAUUUGUAAUAUUUUAUAAGCAUUUUGUGUCAACAACAAAUUCCUUUACAAUUUGUGUGUUGAUCUCAACCAAAGCCUAUUUUUGGAAAAUGUUUUUUUCGGAAUGUACUGAAGUACAUUCGACGACUUUCAAAUAAGUGAUGCAUUUUGUUUCAGCUGUUUUUCAGCUGAUCCACUUGUACGAAAAAAUGUGCUAGUGCUUGUUUAUACGGGUAAAAAAUGUACACGCAUUCGCGUGGUAAUGGUAAAACCGUUUAAAAACGUAAAACCACAUUUGUUUGUAUGAGUGGAUCAGCUAAAAAACAGCUGAAACGAAAUAUUUAUUUCAAAGUCGCCGACUGUAUCUCAAAUAAUAUUAGAUUGAAUUUCUACAAAUUUGAGGAAAAUUAUUUGUCGAAAAUAGGCCUUUUCUUCGACCCCAACGAUUUAUUCAGAUACACACCUUUUCGAGUGGCUCAAAGUUUUUUAUUUAAAUUUUAUAUUUAAAAUUGUUGUAUCUUCAACACUAAUGAUAAUGUGGCCUUGAACACUUUGAACAUAUUAUUUCUGCUUUACAAUUUUUACCAUAAUGUCCUUGCUGAAGACAUUUGGAGCAAGCUUUCAUGUCAUUGACUGCCUUCCACUUUCGUUCUAAAGGCCAUUCUUUUGCUGACUCGCAACCCUGUGAUGCAUGUUGUUCCCCACAGAAAAUGCAUUCGAAUCUUGCUCCUCCAACAUGCAAAAUUGCCGCCGUUGGCAUAGACAAUUCGUACUGCUUCAACCGUGUUUUGUCGUUAUCGUUGUUGGCAUAACAACUUGCUAUAGCUCGUUGUUCUUCUCUCUCCACCUCUUGUUGUAAGAACUCCAACAAAUAAUCCAACUCACUUUUUGGUGGAUUCUCGGUAGAUCCAUCCGUUUCGUACUUUGCAGAUCUCUGCCACGCUACCAACACAUCUUCCGGUAGACUAGCCUCCACCAUUGGAUACAGAAACAGCGACGCUUGUUCGACAGUGACCUUCAAUGAAUCCAACGCUCGGAUAUGACACACUAAUUUGUCGUACAUUGAAGCGAGGCUAGCUUUUCUGUUCAUGCUUUCCAAACUCAUUUUAAACAGUUCUCGUAUAUAAACUUGUAUUAGCAACUUCUUCCUUCCGAAACGUUCUUGUAGUACAUGAAUGACUUUCGGAUAGUUGGCUUCCGUUGCUGGGAAACCGUUAACAAUAUCAGCUCCUUUUGAAUUCGGUUCCAUCGAUUGGAUCAAAUACUGGAAUUUAUCGGUGACAUGCAGCUCUUCAUCUCCGUCUAUUUUACUGAACUGUGCCCACCAGCUUAACCAAUCCACAAUUUUUCCGCUGAACUUCUUUAAUUCAAUCUUCGGCAACUUAAAUUGCCGCUUUCGAUUCGACGUUGAUGCAAUUGAUGAUAAUCCAUCUUCCUUAACGUCCUUUGACACACUCUCUCUCUUGAUUAUUGCACAAUCCAGUUUCAAUUUCGCCGUUACCAUCGAGGUCAAAAUAUCCUCACAAGUGAUUGAUUCCUUCAGUAGGUCUUCCUCAGCCACCUCUGGAUCGCUCAACAUCUCAUUGAAAAUUGACGCAUCGACUUCCUGAAUUCGUGCUUGAAGGUCGUUCAAUCUUUCGAAUUUCGCUUUUAACAUUAUGACAUCCUUUUCAUCCUUGGCCAAUUCCGCUGUAACUUCAUUUAUCGUUUUGGUAAUUAGACCACGAAUCGGAGUGCGUGCCUUCUUCAACUUUUCCAUGAUGAUCGACUUUGUAACAUCCACGUAUCAUUAUUAUCCAACGCUCCAAAAAUCGUCCACCCGGGGGCGCCAAAUGUUGUAUCUUCAACACUAACUAGCUACCAGCUAGUUUUCGAUUUGUGGACUUUGGGGCGAUUGAUAUUAAACUCUUUGAUUCGGGCUUGUCACCCUUUAACUUGCGUAUUUUAUUGUCGAAUGAAUGUUUCUUCUCUUACAAUUUUUCUUGGAGAACUCGAUUCAUUCGUUUUACAAUGGCAAACUUGGAUUCACGUUCCAACAAAAAUAGUAAUCAACAGGUAUUCGGUUCAUUUAAGAUCUAUGCUGCUAAGAAAUUAUACCGGACGACAUUUCGGCUUGUUUUUUGAUUUUAAUCGUGUCAAAAUAUCAGACUAAUUUUCAAAUUUUAAAUUUUACGAUCCACCUCGGUAUAACAAUGAACUUUCAGCCUAUCUAUUACAAUUUUUUUUAACUUUUAAUUAUUUAUUUACAAAUCGACUUAUGAUAAUUUUAUUAAAUUAUUUAUAAUAAACAAAAAUGAAUUAAAGAAUCAACCACCAUACGACCAAGCAUACGACUGAUUCAAUUCGGCUAGUUCCAUUGCGUAAAUGAGGACAACAAUGUUUUUACCUUUUUAUUUGUAGCGUUAAGGAUAAAUGAAAAAAUUGUUAUAAAUUUAAAAAUCGUGCAAUUUAAAAUCGAAUGCAAUAGAAUGGGCGAUAGUUAGAAAACCGUUAGUAGAAUUCAAAGACUAAAUUCAAUUAAAUUUUGUUGAGAGGAAAAGACUUUCGUAAUAAAGAGAGGGCACGUCUACUUUGAGUUUCUCCAAUUUUAUUGAGCUUUUU